AUGUACCGUGACUUGAGGCAACACUAUUGGUGGGGUAGAAUGAAGAGAGACAUUGUGGAGUUUAUUGUUCGAUGUUUGAAUUGCCAACAGAUUAAGUAUGAGCACCAGAGACCAGGUGGUGUGCUUCAGAGGAUACCCAUUACCGAGUGGAAAUGGGAAAGGAUCGCCAUGGAUUUCGUAGUUGGUCUUCCAAAGACUCUGGGUAAGUUUGAUUCAAUUUGGGUUAUCGUGGAUAGGUUGACUAAGUAUGCACACUUUAUUCCAAUUAAGACUACUUAUAACGCGGAGAAAUUGGACAGGAUCUACAUCCGAGAGAUAGUUCGAUUGCUCGGGGUUCCUAUUUCUAUCAUUUCCGACAGAGGCACUCAGUUCACAUCCCAUUUCUGGAGGACUUUACAGAAGAAAAAGCUUAUGGCAGCUCAGAGUAGACAGAAAGAGUAUGCUGACUGGAAGGUUCGUGAUAUGGAGUUCAUGGUUGGUGAGCAAGUCCUAUUGAAGGUCUCCCCCAUGAAGGGUGUGAUGCAAUUUAGGAAGAAAGGCAAGUUGAACUCGCAGUUUGUUGGCCCUUUUGAGGUUCUUCGUCAUGUUGACGAGGUGGCUUGUGAGUUGGCUUUUCCAUCAGGUUUGGCAGGUGUUCAUCCGAUAUUCCAUGUUUCUAUGCUGAAGAAGUACUAUUCAGACGGGUCUUAUAUCAUUCAGUGGGAUUCGAUACUACUAGAUCAGAAUCUAUCCUUCGAGGAAGAGCCGGUAGCAAUAAUAGAUAGGCAAGUGAGAAAGUUAAGGUCCAAGGAGAUUGCUUCGGUCAAGGUACAGUGGAAGCACCGUCCGAUUGAGGAGGCCACAUGGGAGACCGAGGAGGAUAUGCGAAGUAGAUAUCCUUAG